AUGCCGUCCAAGAAGGAAGUGAAGAAGGCGCCUCCGAAGAAGGAGGCGGCCAAGCCGGACCCGCUGUUCCAGGCGACGCCGCGGAACUUCCGCGUGGGCGGCGACAUCCAGCCGACGCGCGACCUGAGCCGGUUCGUCAAGUGGCCGCGCUACGUGCGCCUCCAGCGGCAAAAGAAGAUCCUCCAGCAGCGCCUCAAGGUGCCGCCGGCCCUGAACCAGUUCGCGACGACGCUCGACAAGAACCAGGCCGCCGAGCUCUUCAAGCUCCUCAUGAAGUACCAGCCCGAGGACAAGGCGGCCAAGGCCGACCGCGUCAAGGCGCUCGCCGAGGCCAAGGCCGCGGGCGGCGCCGCGCCCGAGGGCAAGGCGCCGACCGUCGUCAAGUUCGGCCUCAAGCACGUGACCUACCUCGUCGAGAACAAGAAGGCCAAGCUCGUGUGCAUCGCGUCCGACGUCGACCCCAUCGAGCUCGUCGUGUGGCUUCCCGCGCUCUGCAAGAAGAUGGACGUGCCCUACUGCAUCGUCAAGAACAAGAGCCGCCUCGGGACCGUCGUCCACCAGAAGACCGCCGCCGUCUGCUGCCUCACGACCGUGAAGAAGGAGGACCAGCACUCGCUCGACCAGCUCCGGUCGAACUUCAAGGCCAUGUACAACGACAACGUCGCGCACGCGCGCAAGUGGGGCGGCGGCAUCAUGGGCCUCAAGACCCAGGCCAAGCUCGCCAAGCGCGAGAAGGCCCUCCAGGCCGAGCUCGCCAAGAAG